ACGCCCCCGCGCUCUCCCAGGACAGUUCCGUCAGCCAGUCCCGCCCGCCCCUCACCUCCCGCUCGCCGGAGGCUCGGCCGCGGCCGGCGGCGAUGGGGCACGGCGCCAGCUGCGGCCGCCCCAGCGAGGAGGUGGACUUCUUCGGCGCCGCGCAGUCCGGCGACCUCGCCCGCCUCGCCGCCGCCCUCCGCUCCCGCCCCACCCUGCUCAGCCGCACCACGCUCUUCGACCGCCUCUCCGCGCUCCACAUCGCCGCCGCCCACGGCCACCGCCAGGUGGUCUCGCUGGCAUUGGAUCUUUGCGUGCACCCGGAUGUCGUUAACCGCCACAAGCAGACGGCGCUGAUGCUCGCGGCGAUGCACGGGAAGACGGACUGCGUUCGGCGGCUGCUCGACGCCGGCGCCAAUAUCGUGAUGUUCGAUUCGUCGCACGGGCGGACGUGCCUGCACUACGCGGCGUACUACGGCCACGCGGACUGCCUCCGGGCCAUCCUCUCGGCGGCCAAGUCCGCGCCGGUGUCGGAAUCCUGGGGGUUCGCGCGCUUCGUGAACGUGCGGGACGACGCCGGGGCGACGCCGCUGCACCUCGCGGCGAGGCAGGGCUGGCGGCGCUGCGUCCACGUCCUGCUCGAGAACGGCGCCAUCGUGUCGGCCUCCAGCGGCGCCUUCGGGUCGGGAUUCCGGAUUCCUCCUCCUCCUUUCAUGUCAAACGGCGCAUUUUUAUGUGCAAAAAAGAAGAAAAAUUCGCGCCUUUUGAGGAAACUUUGUCAUGUAUUUGACCUGAGCGCGCGCUUCUGCAGAUUCCCCGGGAGCACGCCGCUGCAUUUGGCCGCGCGCGGCGGCAACCUGGACUGCGUCCGGCAGCUCCUCUCCUGGGGCGCCGACCGCCUCCAGCGAGACUCCGUCGGGAGAAUCCCGUACGAGGUCGCCGUGAAGCGAGGGCACGUCGCGUGCGCGGCGCUGCUGAACCCGUCGUCCGGGGAGCCCCUGGUGUGGCCGUCCGCGCUCAAGUUCAUCAGCGAGCUCGAGCCCGACGCCAAGUCCCUGCUCGAGGCGGCUCUGAUGGAGGCCAACAGGGAGAGGGAGCGGAGGAUCCUCAAGGGGACCAAGAAUGCAUUGCCGUCGCCGCCGCAUUCCGACGACGGUGCUCACGACGCCGCCAUAGCUGAGGCUAGCGACGCGGAGGUGUGCAGCAUCUGCUUCGAGCAGGCGUGCAGCAUCGAGGUCCGGGAGUGCGGGCACCAGAUGUGCGCGGCGUGCACGCUGGCGCUGUGCUGCCACGCCAAGCCCAACCCGGCGACGCAGUCCCAGCCGCUGCCGACCUGCCCCUUCUGCCGCGGCGGGAUCGCGCGGCUGGUGGUGGCGACGCGGGCGCGGGCCGGCGACGACGAGGAGGAGGAGGAGGGGAGCAGGCUGGAGUCGCCCAGGCACCGGCGGUCGCGCCGGUCGACGAACCUCAGCGGCGACGCGGGCAGCACCAGCAGCCUCAUGGGCAGCAUCGCCUCGUCCAUCGGCAAGAUGGGCCGCCGGCGAACGGACAGCAGCGAGCAGGUCGACGACAAGCCGUAGCAAAGCAUUCUUUGCUGCCUCCCCCGGCGUCCAUCCAUUCAGAAGAAACCAGUGCAUAUACGAUCAUCAUCGCCGCCGCCAUCGAUCAUGGAACGAGCAAGCCGCUGUUUUUGUAGAUUAUUUUUGGCAAAUGAGUUAUUCACCUGUGUAGAUUCAUUUCUCAAGCGAUCCAGUGCUGUAGAUCUGAUCACCGGAAUAAGCAGCCAGUCCGUCCGUCCUUGCCUGGCACUGGCAGCCCCCAUGCGGCCUUGCCUCCUCCUCCUCCGUUUGUGACUUGUGAGUUCUUGAAACGCUGCUGUACACGUCCGAUUCGCAGAGAUCUGGCCCGGUCUGAUAAUGGGAACCCGGGUACAAAUCCA